AGCUGCAGGAGGGUAACUUCCUCACCGAAAGCCGCCACCAUGGGUGCGAUGUUCCGUAGCGAGGAGAUGAGCAUGGUCCAGCUGCUCAUCCAACCGGAAGCUGCCUAUCAAUCGGUGGCCGAGCUGGGAGAACUGGGCAUCGCCCAAUUCCGUGAUCUAAACGCGGACAUCAACAUGUUCCAGCGGAAGUACACGAGCGAAAUCCGACGCUGCGAGGAGAUGGAGCGCAAGAUCGGAUACAUACGCCGUGAGAUCGUGAAGGAUUCGGUGGCGAUCCCGGACAUGCCGGAAGUCAUUCCACGCACACCGAACUCGCGCGAAAUUAUCGACCUCGAGGCACAGCUCGAGAAGACGGAGAACGAGAUAGUGGAGCUGUCUGAGAACAAUAAUGCACUGUUGCAAAACUUUAUGGAACUGACCGAGCUGAAGCAUGUGCUGGAGAAGACUCAAGUGUUCUUCUCGGAUAAAUCGAACGUCCAGAACCUGGAAGCUACCGGUGGUGAGGCGGCCAACGAUGGCAAACCGCUCGGCUUUGUGGCCGGUGUCAUCACCCGUGAGCGUAUCAUCGGCUUCGAGCGUAUGCUGUGGCGCGUAUCACGUGGUAACAUUUUCUUGCGCCAAGCCGCACUGGAGGAAUCGCUGGUUGAUCCGAAAACGGGUGAUGCCGUGCACAAGAUUGUGUUUGUCGCAUUCUUCCAAGGAGAGCAGCUCAAGUCACGCGUCAAGAAAGUGUGCGCUGGCUAUCAUGCCUCGCUGUAUCCUUGCCCGAACGAGUACAAUGAGCGUGAGGAGAUGCUUCGUGGCGUGCGAACGCGUAUCGAGGAUCUCAAGAUGGUGCUCGGCCAGACGCAGGAUCAACGCCAGCGUGUACUGCUGAAUGUUGCCAAGGAGGUACCGAACUGGGAGAUCAUCGUCAAGAAGGUGAAAGCCAUCUACCAUACGCUGAACAUGUUCAAUGUGGACGUUUCAAAGAAGUGUCUGUUCGGAGAGGCCUGGGUACCGACCGCUGGUCUGCAGGACGUAAAGACCGCGUUGGUGAAUGGAUCGGCUGCAGUUGGUAGUGCUGUACCGUCGUUCCUGAACAUUAUCGCCACCGAUGAGGAUCCUCCAACGUACAAUCGGACGAACAAGUUUACGCGCGGCUUUCAGAAUCUGAUCGAAUCGUACGGUAUCGCCACGUACCGUGAGGCAAACCCAGCCCUGUACACCAUCAUCACGUUCCCCUUCCUGUUUGCGAUUAUGUUCGGUGAUUUGGGGCACGGUAUGAUUCUGUUCCUGCUCGGCAUGUGGAUGGUACUGUGGGAAAAGACACUCGACAAGAACAAGGAGGAAAUCUGGCAGCUGUUCUUCGGUGGUCGGUACAUCAUACUGCUGAUGGGUAUCUUCUCGAUGUAUACCGGCUUCGUGUACAACGAUCUGUUCUCGAAGGGUAUGAACAUCUUCGGUUCUAGCUGGAGCAUCAACUACAACGCUUCCACGGUCAUGAGCAACAAGGAGCUGCAGUUGAAUCCUACCACAGACUACUCCGAGACGGUGUAUUGGUACGGGUUGGAUCCGCUGUGGAUGUUGGCAACGAACAAGAUCAUCUUCCUGAACUCGUUCAAGAUGAAGCUGUCGAUCAUCUUCGGCGUGGUGCACAUGAUAUUUGGCGUGUCGAUGAGCGUGGUCAAUCACAACUUCUUCCGCAAGCGCAUCAACAUCUUGCUGGAGUUUAUCCCGCAAAUGUUGUUCCUGGUGCUGCUGUUCGCCUACAUGUGCUUCAUGAUGUUCUUCAAGUGGAUCAUGUACUCGGCCGUUACGGAUGAGGACCAUCUGAAGCCGGGUUGUGCACCGUCCGUGCUGAUCAUGUUCAUCAACAUGAUGCUGUUCAAGAACCAGGAACCACUCGACACGUGCAAGGAGUUUAUGUUCGACGGUCAGGAUACGCUGCAGGUGAUCUUCAUCGUGUUGGGUUUGAUCUGCAUUCCGUGGUUGCUGCUGGCCAAACCGUUCUACAUUAUGGUUCAGCGCAAGAAGAAGGGUACCGACCAUGGAUCGGAGGUGGCACAUCAAUCGUCGUCUUCGGGCCACCACGACGAUGAGCCGAUGAGUGAAAUUUUCAUCCAUCAAGCAAUCCACACGAUCGAGUACAUACUCAGUACCAUCUCCCACACUGCGUCGUACCUGCGUUUGUGGGCUUUGUCGCUUGCUCACGCCCAGUUAUCUGAGGUGCUGUACAACAUGGUGUUCACGAUUGGGUUGAAAAACGACUCUUACGUCGGUGCCGUCAUGAUCUAUCUCGUAUUUUGGCCAUGGUCCGUACUGACUAUUGGCAUCCUUGUGGGAAUGGAGGGACUUUCUGCCUUCUUGCACACUCUCCGUUUGCACUGGGUCGAAUUCAUGAGCAAAUUCUACGAUGGUUUGGGCUACGCCUUCAAGCCAUUCUCCUUCAAGGCAAUUCUGGAGGAGGAAGAGGUCGACUAAAAUAGC